UUAAUAUAGGGAAUUACACUGGUGACAUAAGUGCUGAGAAGCCCAGGGGACAGUGAAGCAACCCAGAUAUAAACAGCAAUGGGAAGCCAGGGCCACUCCUAUGGCUGCAGGAACAAUGGGGAAGGCAGUGUUACCAGGAUCCUGAAGCUAAGUUUGCUUGGUGGAAGCUAGACCCAUCGUGGAGAUGCAGCCACUACCACAGAUGGCUCAGGAAGGAGAAAUGGAGGGAGGGAAAUACCAGGAUCUUCUCUCCUGGCCCCAGUCUUCCCACCAAUGCCUUUCAUUGGCCAAAUCUACCUAGAAGCAAGGGAACCUGGGAAGUGUAGUGUCAUGAUACAGAGCCUGUGAGGAGGAACAGGGAAUGGACCUGAGCAAACAGGCUGUUGACUGGUUCUACAGAAUUUCGUGUAUGCACUUUAUUCACUCAGUAAUUCCUUUAGCAAAUAUUCGUUGAGGACCUACUAGGUGCCAGGUAUCAUGCUACACCUGGGGAUUACCAUAAUGACAGAAAUGGACCUGAUCACUGCUCUUAAAGGGAUCAAAGACUAACAGAAGAAAUAGAAUAAACACAGAAUUAUCUAGUUGGAAAAUGUAUUAAAUGCAAUGAAGGGAAAUAUCACAGUGCUGAGACAGGCUAGAGAUUGGAGAAAGAGUGCAGCCUCUCACGGCUGUAAGUCUAGUUAGCUGAUUCUUGAGGUGUAUGUGCAGAAACUUGUGUUCAGGAAAAUACAGAAUAUUUAUAUCUAGACAAAGUUUAGAAGAAGAUAUUGAUGUAUUUAUUCAUGUUUUGACUUACGACCUGCAUAAUACAGCUUCAUUGUCUCAAAGCUGUGCAUGUGAUUGUGUGUAAGAGUGUGUGUGUAUAGAUACAUGUGUGUGACAGAAACGGAGAGAACAGAAAGAACAGAGAAGGAAAGAUUGCUUUAGACAAACAUUCUAAGGAGCCAGAGGGCUCACAGCAGCUAAUCUCCCUCAUGCUUUCCUGACCCCACCCCCUUCCUUCUCAUCAUAACUUGUGAUCUUAGAAGCAUGAAAGAAUUUGAGCCCCUCCCCCAGCUUGACGGUCUCCGUUGGCUGCUCAGUCAGGCUCCAUGUCAAAUCCGGCUUGGGGCAGAAACCUGAGGGCCACACAGAAGGUGGUGGGCUUGCAGGCAGUUUCCCUGUGGCCAUGAGUGGCAACAUCGGGCAGCUUGGCAGUCGCACCUAUGAGUCCCUAGCUGACGAUGAGCCCUUGGACCCUGAGGAGCCCCCCAAAAGACCCACGGGCAAUCUCAUCAUGCACAGCAUGGCCAUGCUUGGCCGGGAGUUUUGCUACGCAGUGGAGGCGGCCUACGUGACCCCAGUCCUGCUCAGCGUGGGGCUGCCCAAGAGUCUGUACAGCAUGGUGUGGCUCCUCAGCCCCAUCCUGGGAUUUCUGCUGCAACCCGUGGUGGGAUCAGCCAGCGACCACUGCCGGGCCAGGUGGGGCCGGCGGAGACCAUACAUCCUCACCCUGGUUAUCAUGAUGCUCUUGGGCAUGACUCUGUACCUCAACGGGGAUGCUGUGGUAGCAGCUUUGAUUGCUGAUCCAAGGAGGAGGCUGAUUUGGGCCAUAACCAUCACCAUGAUAGGUGUAGUUCUCUUUGAUUUUGCUGCUGACUUCAUUGAUGGGCCCAUUAAAGCCUACUUAUUUGAUGUCUGUUCCCAUGAGGAUAAGGAGAGGGGCCUCCACUACCAUGCCCUCUUCACAGGUUUUGGAGGUACGCUGGGUUACCUUUUGGGUGCCAUCGACUGGGCCCAUCUGGAGCUAGGAAGAGUGCUGGGCACAGAAUUCCAGGUCAUGUUCUUCUUCUCUGCCUUGGUGCUCACUUUGUGUUUUACUAUUCAUCUCUGUAGUAUCCCUGAAGCCCCACUUAAAGAUGUUAUAAAGGACAUUUCCCCACAGCAAGCCCCCCAGGACUUUCCAUUGUCACCAGACAAAAUGUACCAGUAUGGGUCUAUUGAGAAAGCUAAAAAUGGUUAUGUAAACCCGGAGCUGGCAAUGCAUGGGGAAAAGCCCCCAAAUCCUGCUAAACAGACUAGGAAGGCAAUGACCCUGAAAUCACUGCUGAGGGAGCUGGUGAAUAUGCCUCCCCACUACCGCUGUCUUUGCAUCAGCCACCUCUUUGGAUGGACUGCCUUCCUGUCUAACAUGCUCUUCUUCACAGAUUUCAUGGGCCAGAUUGUGUACCAUGGAGAUCCCUAUGCUGCACACAACUCCACAGAGUUUCUCAUCUAUGAAAGAGGGGUCGAGGUUGGAUGUUGGGGCUUGUGCAUCAAUUCCAUGUUCUCCUCACUUUAUUCUUACUUUCAGAAAUCUUUGGUAUCCUACAUUGGAUUAAAGGGUCUUUACUUCAUGGGGUAUUUGCUAUUUGGCCUGGGGACAGGAUUUAUUGGACUUUUCCCGAAUGUCUACUCCACCCUGGCUCUGUGUACCUCGUUUGGUGUGAUGUCCAGCACUCUGUACACUGUGCCCUUUAACCUCAUUGCCAAGUACCACCGCGAGGAGCAAGAAGAGAAGAGACAGCAGGCCCCGGGAGGGAGUCUGGACGGCAGUGAGAGAGGGCAGGGCCUGGACUGCGCAGUCCUCACCUGCAUGGUGCAGCUGGCUCAGAUCCUGGUUGGAGGUGGCCUGGGCUUCCUGGUCAACAAGGCUGGGAGUGUCAUUGUGGUAAUCACAGCCUCUGUGGUGGCCAUGAUCGGCUGCUGUUUUGUGGCUCUCUUCGUAAGAUAUGUGGAUUAGGUCAAUAGGGAGACAUCAUCCCUAACCUCCAACACAGUGAAGGACAUGGUAGGAAAUCAGUCUGUCCUCUGGCUCUGCAGCUUUGGGGUCUGCCCAUUGGCUGCCCUGCGUUAUGACUUCAGCUGCAGUGAUCUGCCUACACCUCACUUUCUGCCAACUCUCUGCACAGCAGUUUCCUUAUUUUAGGCAUCAUCUAUCUCGGGAAAGACUGGGCUCUGCCUCCAUUCACUGGUGGCAAAGGUUAAUUGUGGGAGAUGGCGCCUCUAUGCGCUUUCCUACUGCAUCUCAGGACAAUCCAGGCCUUGACAAAAUGCCAGAAGCCGACUAGUUUUACAUAGGACAAUGGUGUUUAUUCUAUCAUGUGUUGUUUUUUCUUAACCAGAGGUCUAUAUUUAAUCGGAGGGUCCUACUUUUCAUUAUUUCACCAAUACUCAAAAUAUUGCUGAUGAUUUAUGAUAUUAGCUUACUCAUAUUUAAUUCAUACUUCAUUUACUCAUACAGACAGUCCCUGGCUUACAAUACAAUGGUUCAAAUUACAAUUCUUCUUCCUCUUCGCCUUCUCCUUCUCCUUCAUCUUCUUUUACUUAACGAUAGUUGGAAAGCAGUGCACAUUCAGUAGAAAUCAUACCUCAGAUUGUGAAUUUUGAUCUUUUCUGGGUGAUACAUGCCCUUGUGAUGCUGGGCAGCGGCAGCCACAGCUCCCAGUCAGUCUCACCAGCCCGAGGGUGAACAACUGGUCCACUGACCACCAUUCUGUCUCCAUACAGCUCCACUGGUUUUGUUUUUGGUUUCCAUUUUCAAUAUGGUAUUCAGUAAAUUACAUGAGAUAGUCAACACUCAAAACCACUCCAUCUUCCUUCCUCCCUCUCCCUCUCACGUUAUCCAUCGUAGAGUGGCGAGGUCAUGACUGACUCAGAGGAGUGAUCAGGGAGAAACCUGCUCUCUAGCCUAUACUGUGGGAUGAUGAUGAGCAAAUGCUCAGAGGACCCCAUGUGACCCAGAACCCUGUGUUAUAAAAGAAACGCCUCCCUUGUAAUUCACCUGUCCUCGGCGUCUACAAAGUUUAAAAGUAGAAUUAUUUGCAGACUUGAAUGUUUAUUUCCUGAUCAUUUCUCCAAGGACUGUUCUGGUGAUUGAAGAUUUUGAAAUCAAUGAAUGGGUGAGGUAGGAAGGACCUGCAGUUAAGGACCAUCUUACCUGGACCCCAAGAAGUUAAAAGUAGUCAUCUCUGGCCAAGCACAGGGCAAGGGAAGCUCUUUUCAGCUGAAGGACUGGAUGGGCUGCUGGGAUGAAGAAAGGAGCUAGGGCAUGCAUUCACCACCACCCCUAAAUCCCCUCACACACAUGCACUCACACACACACAUGGAUAUUCAAACACUCUGCUCUCUUAACUCAACUCCACUCAGGUUUGAAUGAGUGGAUAGAAUCCAAUUUUAAAAGCCUUUAACCACUUUUAGGCACUCAAGUACUUGUUCUCAGUAUACUUGUUCUCUUGUUUCUCUCUGACAGUAAUGUUCUAUUCCCAGACAAAUAAAGCAAAUGCAGGGACACCUAAAUUCAGAUCAGAAAUCCCAGGAAAUCCUGUAGGAGAAAGGAAAGCCAAACUGCUUUGUCUGCUGCUUCCCCCACCAUGCAACUGACAUUCCAACCUCAAACCUUUAAUCACUGCUUUCCCUCAGCUGCAAAUGUCCUGUGUCCCCACUACCUGUCUAAAUUGCCAUCCCUGCCCAUUUAACUUGUACCCGUAUUUCUAGGUCCAUCUCAUAUACUAUUUUGAUAAGGAAGUCUCUUAUCCUCCAGCAGAACCAAGCUUUCUGCCCCCUGUAUUACCAUCGCACUUUCUUUUAGCCUUAUUAUGACAUUCAACUCACUGUUCCAUGACCUAGUUGCCUUGUGUACAUGGCUGUGUCUCCUAAAUAUACAAGUCGGUAAUGUGUCUAGUUGAUGUGUGUGAUCUCAGCACCCAGUACAGGGCUUGGCACACAA